UACCAUUCCCUGAGCUACUUUCCACUUGAUUUCAUCAAACCCCCCUCGGUUUUUCACUCUGGGUUUUGUCAAAGGAAAGAUAUGGCCAUGGGUGUUUCUUUGGUGGUCUAUGUGUUGACAAUUUUGCUGCUUUGGGUUACUGCCCUUCGCGCAAUUCAGGACAGCUACGACGAGAGCUACUUCAAAUCGAUUCUCAGCUCGGCCAAAAGGGAUAAAGAUUGGCUAGUCUCAAUAAGAAGGGAAAUCCACGAGAACCCAGAACUCCGGUUCGAGGAACACAACACCAGUGCCCUCGUUCGUCAAGAACUCGACAGGCUCGGCAUCUCUUACACUUACCCACUUGCCAGAACCGGUUUGGUGGCUCAAAUUGGCUCCGGGUCUCGCCCUGUUGUUGCUCUUCGUGCCGACAUGGACGCCCUUCCUUUGCAGGAGCUAGUUGAGUGGGAGCAUAGGAGCAAAAUAGAUGGGAAAAUGCAUGGGUGCGGACACGAUGCUCACACAACUAUGUUGCUUGGUGCUGCUAAGUUGCUCAAUGAAAGGAAAUAUAGUCUUAAGGGAACUGUCAGACUUCUUUUCCAACCUGCUGAGGAGGGAGGUGCCGGUGCAUCUCACAUGAUAAAGGAAGGUGCUCUUGGUGAUGCUGAAGCGAUAUUUGGGAUGCACAUUGAUGCUACAACACCCACAGGAAUCAUAGCCACUGUUUCUGGGCCUGUACUGGCUGCUGCAUCAGUCUUUGAAGCAAGAAUAGAAGGAAAAGGUGGGCAUGCUGCAGCACCUCACAUUAGUGUGGACCCAAUACUUGCCGCAUCUUUAGCAAUUUUGGCAUUGCAACAGCUCAUCUCGAGAGAAGUAGAUCCCCUCGAAAGUCAAGUGUGUCCCUCUAACCUAUCUUUCUUUUCCAUAGGUGGGACGGCAUUGAAUGUAAUUCCCCCAUAUGUUGAGCUAGGGGGUACUUUAAGGAGUCUUACAACGGAAGGCUUGCACCAACUGCGACAUAGAGUGAAAGAGGUUAUCGAAGGACAAGCAGCUGUACACAGAUGCAUUGCGCAUAUCAAGAUGGACAGAGAAGAACAUCCGCCAUAUCCGGCUUGUGUGAAUGAUGAGGGCUUGCAUCAGCAUGUGAAGAGGACUGGCGGACUCGUGUUGGGUCCUGAGAACGUCAAGGUGGGCGACAAGGUGAUGGCGGGUGAGGACUUCGCCUUCUACCAAGAAUUGAUUCCUGGAGUCAUGUUUAGUAUCGGGAUAAGGAACGAGAAGGUGGGUUCCGUUCACUCCCCGCACUCUCCUCACUUUUUUCUCGAUGAGGAUGUCCUUCCGAUUGGGGCAGCAUUACACGCUGCUCUUGCUGAGACGUACAUAAAUGACCACCAAGAAUCUAUAUUGCUGUAAUGAUUUAAUGAAUCGAAGGUCGACACGGGCAAUUACUUAAGAUAUGAUACUACCAUGACUUCAACUUCAGUAUGUUAAUAAAAUGAAAAGAAAUUUGUUGUGCACAUUGGUAGGUUGAGAUGUACGCGAAGUUAGUGCAGGCUUAAUGGUUUCACAAUGUACCGUCGCAUUGUUAAGCAAUAUAUUCAAGUACCUUCUCUCUU